CAGAAGCCUCCCAACAGUAUAUACAAUACACGCAAUUCCUACACUAUCAACGCAAGUAAGGAUAGUAUACCCAGGUUAGCGCAGGAACAUAUACACACUCUUACACGCACAUAUAUAAAGUCCAUAUCAGACGGCGCUAAACAUCCAAAUCGCGCAAUCACAGCAUGUUUACGCCGAAAGUGGGACGUGGAAGGGGUGGUCGAGGCGGUGGCCCUGGACGGCCCAGUCGACACACGCAAGUGCCCACGAAACUACUAAACACAACGUUCAAUCCCAACUACAAACCACCCCCCAAUCCCAACAAGAAAGCUGCAGUUGAUUUUGUACGAUCCGCUCCGGGAGAAGGAAGAAAGCCUGACGGGACUUCGCAAGCUCGUGUGCUGAACAACGAAGAGGAAGAGGAAGACUUGGGGCCGUGUACAGAGUAUAAUGUCAUCAGAGGCAGCAUCGGGCACGAUACGGAUGCAACGCAUAUUAUUAAAUUUCAAGGCAGAGAGAUUCCUGUCGAUGAUAUCAGCGAUUUGCAAAUGAGGCGAGUGGUCGAUCCCAACUAUGUCAAGAGAGUUCGCGAGGUAGAAGUCGUCCCAGAGAAAGGAGCUGGGAGUGUAUACAAGAGUAGCAAUAAAGUGGGUAAGGUCAAACGUCGAUGGCGGCCGAGAGGCGAACGCGAAAUGUUGUGGGAAAUGGAUCUGGAGCAGAAGAGCGAAACAACACGAUUUAAUGGACACCGCGAGAAACUUGAACAACACUAUAUGCUGUUUGUCAAUGAUGGCAAAGGCAAUUUCGAGGUCAUUCCGACGGACAACUGGUACAAGUUCACACAGGAGGUCAAGUACGAAACGAUGUCACUGGAGGAAGUAGAAGCCGAGAUGAAGAAAAAGAAAAGUGGUGACCGGUGGGUGCAAACUAGACUGAAGGCUCGCGAAGAAAAACAGGAAGAACAGAAGGCCGCGCUCUCGACGGCCAUGAGUGGGCAAACCGGUGCACAGAGUGACUCGGAAGAGGAGGAUGCCAUCAACGACCCGCUAGAUAUUGUGACCAAGCAUGAUAAGAAGAUGGCGAAGAAGGCCGCGGGUAAGCGUAAAGUCGAGAGGGAAGAUAUGGAGUACGAGGCGGAAUUCACGGACGACGAAGCGGGAGCCGUAACACAGGAGGCACUCGAAGAAACCGAAGAGUACGAAGCACCGCCCGAGAGCGACUCGGACGACGAAGACGGCGAACCCGCCGAGGACGAGCUCACAAAGACGGGCAAAGAACUGAGGAAGAAACUUAAAGACGGGGUGGAUGACGCGGACUUGCCUGCCACCAACGCAGAUGACAAUGCGGAUGAUUCGGAUGAUGAGCUGGGUGUGGUAAUUAAACCGACCACAAGCAAACCCCCGCCUCAAACCCAACCUCAACCCCAAGUUAGGAAAGCACCGGCCGCGCCGAGAGUCAAAAGGGAGGCUGCCCCGAAGGCCCAGAAACGACCCAGAGAAGAAAUAGAUGACUCAGCAAAGAAUAUUCCCAUGAAAAGACUAAAACCAGAGUCAAUCUCCCCCUUCACGGAGGAGGAAGUAUGCAAGCUGAUUAUGUCCAUGGAGAACGCCAGUAUCAAAGAUAUCCUAGCGAAGGACAAGAAGAUUAAACGUACAAUCGGCAGGGACAAGGCAGAGAAGCAAAGAUUUAUCGACAUUAUGAACAAGGUCACGAAAAAGAAUGAGACUGGACAGACAAAGACAUACACUCUUAAACCGAAGUUCAAGGAGCUGUACAACUUAUAACCUCGAAGCUUGCAACGAAAGCUGAUAAGAUCGCAUGCACAAGAAAACUUAAGUUUAAACGAGAUUACUAUAUUAAGAUGCCAGUAAACCUUGCGCAAUAGUAGUCACGCAAAUUCUUGGCAAAUGAUACUCAAACUAGUGAUCUGAUGUAGACUAUUUGAUAAAUGAUACUCAAACUAGUGAUCU